AGGGGUUGUUUGUUAGAAAUAACUAAAAAUAAAGUAAGUAGAAUGGUUGUGACAACUCGAAGUGAAAAUGUAGCAUCUAUAAUGGGAGCACUUGGAGAACACAUGUAUCAUCUUGAAGGACUAAAAGAUGAAGAGUGUUGGUCUAUAAUAAAGCAGAGAGCAUUCGGAGGUACUUCAGUGCUGGAUCUGGAGUUGGAAGCGAUUGGAAGGCAGAUCGCUAAAAAAUGUAAAGGUGUACCCUUAGUUGCCAAUGUCAUUGGGGCUAGUCUGAGUAAUCAAAGGGAUAGGGGUGAAUGGGUGUCAGUUAACAAUAGUUUGAGUUCACUGGAAGAUGAUAGGUGGACAUGGACUGUUCGAGUUUUACAGUUGAGUUUUGAUCGCCUACCUAACACAACAUUGAAGCAAUGUUUUGCCUUUUGUUCCAUUUUCCCCCAGGAUUGGAAAAUUGAAAAGGAGAUGUUAAUUCAACUUUGGAUGGCUGAAGGCUUUCUUCAACCAUCACAGGGAAGUUCUAUGGAGGAUAUUGGUGACAAGUAUUUCAAUGACUUGUUGUCAUAUUGUUUGUUUCUAGAGGACUAUAGAGAUUCAACUGGAAAGAUUAAGUCAUGCAAAAUGCAUGAUUUAAUUCAUGAUCUUGCCACUUACAAUUCAAAAUCUGAAACACUUAUUUUGAAAGCUGGUUCAGAGAGUAACAUUGCACAUGUUCGGCAUUUGAAUCUUGUUGAUGCUGAGGAAAUGGUGCCUACAAAUUUAGCAGAGGUGGCUGGAAAACUACACUCCUUGUUUCUCAAAGGUGAUAUUUUGUGCAAGAUGCCAGAUAGCUUCAAAAGGUUACGCAUUCUUAGCUUUGAUGAAGCUGCUGUUGAGCAAUUGCCAACUUGGAUUGGCAAGAUGAAGCAUUUGAGGUAUCUAGACAUUUCAAGCACCAACAUUAAAGAACUACCCCAGUUUAUCAUGGAGUUGUAUAGUUUGCAGACACUGAGGUUCAUGUGGUGUUCUCGGAUUGUAAAACAGCCAGAAGGGGUGGAAAACUUAGUCAGCUUGAGACACAUUUAUUUCAAUUAUCGCCGCUGUAUGCCACUCAGAAUUGGUAGGCUGAAGGAUCUUCAAACGUUGCAGUUAUUUGUUGUCAAUCUACAAAAGGGAAGGCGAAUUGAGGAAUUGGGAUGCUUGAGCCAACUUGGAGGUGAAUUAAGGAUAUGUUGUCUACAGCAUGUUGAAAACUACUCAGAAGCCAAGAAAGCAAAACUUUCGGAAAAGAUUGAACUUUAUAAGUUGAGUUUGGAAUGGACAGAAAGAAAUACAGAAGAAUGUAAUCAUGAUGAGGAUGUGUUAGCAGGCCUCAAACCUCCCCCAAAUUUGAGAAACUUAACUAUAGAAUGUUAUGGAGGUGAAAAAUGUCCAUCAUGGAUGCAGCCUCGUUCGAGUGGAUCAUUUUCGCUCAACUAUUUGGUGGAAUUGAAUAUCUUCGGAUGUAAAAAGUUGAAAAGCAUGCCAAUCAUGAUCGGGUUAUCAUCUAUUCAACAGCUUCGAAUUAGAGAUUGCCUUGAAUUAACCAGAAUCGGAGAUGGAGUAUUUGCCUUUCCGAAGUCCCUCAAAGGACUAGACAUUGGGUCAUGUCCAAGAUUGGAAACAAUUGGGGAUAGUAUUUCAAACCUCACAUGCCUAGAAGAGUUAGAUCUAUCUGGAUGUGAAGAUCUGAGGCUCAUUCCAAUCAUGAGCGGGUUAUCAUCUCUUCAACAGCUUCGAAUUCAAGAUUGCCUUGAAUUAACCAGAAUCGGAGAUGGAGCAUUUGCCUUUCCGGCGUCUCUCAGACAACUACGCAUUUGGUCAUGUCCAAGAUUGGAAACAAUUGGGGAAAGUAUUUCGAACCUCACAUGCCUAGAAGAGUUAGAUCUAUCUGGAUUUAAAGAUCUGAUGCCCAUUUCAAGUGUAAAUGGGCUUUCCUCUCUAAGAAAGUUACGGAUUUGCAAUUGCAGUUCAGUGGUGAGUCUACCAAAUGGACUGUCCUCCUGCACUGCUCUUAAAGAAUUGAUCAUAGGUCACUGCCAUAAUCUGAUCUCCAUCUCAGAAGACUUGAAGGAUUUGCAUUCUCUGGUUGAUUUACGUAUUUUCGAAUGUGAAAGUUUGAGCAGUAUUCCGGAGGAGAGCUUCAGCUGUCUUGUCUGCUUGGAGUCUUUGCUUAUUGGUCCUUUCUCAAAAGAGUUGGAAUUCCCACAUCUUAAUUCCAUCCACCACCUCCACGCCUCGCUUCAAGAAUUAGAGUUGUAUGGGUGGGAAAAACUAACGUAUCUACCACCUCAAAUUCAACACCUCACUUCUCUAAGGAGUUUGAACAUAGUUGAUUUCAAUCUAGUGGAAGCUUUGCCGGAGUGGUUGGGAAGCUUGUCAUCUCUUCAAACUCUGUUGAUUAUUCGCUGCGCAAAUUUGAAAUAUCUGCCUUCUGCACAAGCCAUGCAACGCCUCUCCAAGUUGCAGCAUCUUGGAAUUUUUCGAUGUCCAGAGCUAGAAGGAAGAUGUGCAAAGGAAACUGGCCUUGAAUGGUUCAAAAUUUCUCACAUUCCAAACAUCCAAAUAGAUAUUGAGCGCAUCCAAUAACAAGGACAUUGAGCCCUUUUUCUGAGGGCCAUCCAAUGCCAAGAGGUACUGAUUGAUUCAAAGUUCCUCACAUUCCAAUAUCCAAGUAGACCGAGUGCAUCCAAUUCUAAGAAGAUUGAACAUCUCAGGUAUAUUUUAUUAAACCUCAACUUCUGUA